AUGAUGCAAGAGACCAAGCUUAAUGAAGAAAAUGCCUCCUUUUUCAAAUCUUUUAGCAGGAUGUGGGAUGGAGUGUAUCAGGAGGCGAUAGGAUCCAAGGGUGGAAUGGUGGUUCUUUGGAAUCUAGAUAAAGUGGCAGUAGAUUUGAUCAAUAAGCAAAAAAAUUGGAUGCAUUGUAAAGUAAGAAUCUUGCAGGAAGAAAUGGAUUUUUCCCUAUUCAAUGUUUAUGGACCGACUAAGACAGAAGAAAAGAAAAGGGUUUGGAUAGAAAUCAUAGAUCAGAUUAGAAUGAUUGAUUCGGAGAAAGCAAUAGUGGCAGGAGAUUUCAAUGCAUUACUCUACAAUGAAGAAAAAUUUGGAGGUUUAAGUAUGAAUGCCCGAGUGAUGGAAGAUUUCAGAAAUUUUGUAACAAACAAUAACCUCUUUGAUGUAGUCCCUAAAUUUGGAAAAUUUACAUGGACUAACAGGAGGGCAAAUUUUAGCAGAAUUUAUGAGAGUUUGGACAGAAUAUUUGUUGGAUCAUUUUGGUUAAGAGAUUCAACCUUCGAAGUAAACAUUGAGAAGUGGUGGAAAGAAUGUAUAGAUAUUAAAGGCACUCCAAGUUAUUGUUUUAUCAAAAAGAUGAAAUACCUUAAGAAUAAAAUCAAAAUAUGGAAUGUGGUAUCCUUCAAGAAUAUUUUUGCUGAAAAACUAAGGGUGGAAGUGGAACUAGAUAGGAUCAAUAACUUGGUGACCGAGAAGGGGAUGAUGAAUGAAGAGUACUAUGCUGAGAUUUCCCUUAAAGUUGAACUGGCAGAAAUUCUUCUAAGAGAAGAAAUGUUUUGGCGAGACAAAUCCAGAGAAUUAUGGUUAGAUGCAGGGGAUUCAAAUUCCAAAUUCUUUUAUGCCUCCUUAAAAGCAAAAAGGAAUAAAAAUAGAAUCAAUCAGUUGAAAGAUGUCUUGGGCAAAAUGGUUGGCAAAGCAGAAGAGUUGGAGAACCUAGCAGUCAAAUAUGUUGUAGAAAUCUUGGGAUCUUCGGAAGGGGAUAGAGAUGAAUCAGUUGAAUAUCUUUUGGAUAUCAUUGACAAACAGAUUUUGGAGGAGGAUAACGCUUCAGUUUUGGCUUCAAUUACAAAAGACGAAGUUAAAAAGGCAACAUUUGAGUUGCACUCGCAUAAAGCUCUGGGUCUAGAUGGGGUGACAAUGGAGUUGUAUCAGAGGUGUUGGAAAUUCAUGGGAGAGGAUAUUUGGAUGGUGGUGGAGGAAUUUCAAAGGAAAGGCAAAUUUGUUAAAGAAAUAAAUAAUACUCUUAUAGCACUGAUUCCAAAAAAGCAAAGUUGUCAGAGUAUUGCUGAUUAUAGGCCAAUAUCUCUGUCUGAAGAAAUAGAUGACAUGGUUUGGGUUAACGAAGUGGAAGCAGUGGUUGGUCCGUAUGUGGCUGAUUAUAUUAUGGAUGGGCAGAUGGAAUCAGAGUGGAUUGAAUGGAAAUUAGUUGGAGAAUGGAAGAUGGAGAAGAAUGUGGAGCUAAAGGACAUUCUAAACAGGAAAAACAAAUCAUCUAUCAAAAUGAAGUGGACCAGUUAUUAUGGAGUGCAUCUAAACUAG